CAAUCUAUAAGACAUAUAAGCUCGAUCAGGAUUGUUGUUUAAGAGAUAUUGAAGUUGAGUACAACUAGAUUUUAGAUACGGUGAUUCAUUAUACUAUAUUUUAACGAUACUAUACAGAUUUUAAGCUUCAAAAUUCAGUGCCCACGCCAAUGUAUUCGAUUAGAAUCAUCGUUGGAUUAUUUUGCCUUAUUGCUUUCUUCGUGGCAGAUUCAGAUCAAGGGGAAUGUGAGGAUAUACAAGACUGGUGUGGAAGCGUGAGCGCCAGUUUUUGUGCAACAACGGAAUCGAUGAGAACACAUUGUCCGAAAAAAUGCGACGUUUGUCCACCUCCAGAAUGCGACGAAUGCCAACAUAAUUGCACAGUAAAAUCAGACGGAAAAGUUGAAUGCACUUGUCGAAAAGGAUUCAGGCUUGCGUCCGAUGAAAUAAGUUGUGAUGAUAUUGACGAGUGCUCGGAAAACAAAACCCUUUGCGGGGAUGAAGUUUGUAGAAAUUACGAUGGUGGUUACAGAUGUGAGCCAGAUAAGUGUGCUGUCUUUGUAAGCGAUGGCUAUAUUCUAUCUCAUUCUUAUGAUAAUACAUGCUGCAAACAAACUCCAGGUGAAAGCUGUGGACAAAAUGCACAAAACAUGUUAAGGGAUGCUGAUGGCAAACCACGAAAAACGCCACAACGCAUUAUUGGUGGUGAAAAUGCUACAGCAGGAAUGUGGCCAUGGCAGGUUCACAUUUUUCUACGCACUAGUUUAUGUGGUGGAUCACUCAUCAAUACCUUAUGGGUUGUUUCAGCUGCUCAUUGUAUUGCAUCUUUCGGCGACGUGUCCAAACAAAGACUGCAAGUACGUUUAGGUGUUCUUGAUACUACAAAUUUUCAAUUACCAAGCAUUCAAACACGCAGAGUCACUCGGAUAAUUCAACACGAAAAAUACGAUUUUCCGAAGUACGACAUCGCAUUGCUUCGAAUGAACAAAGCUGUUGUUGUAAGUGAUUUGAUCAAGCCAAUCUGUCUGCCGCACGGGGAAAUACCUCCAACCGGUCUGAAAUGUUUUGCUACGGGAUAUGGAGUUACAGUGGUUGGCGGUAGUGCGGCGAAGUAUUUGCAACAAGUUGAUCUUCCAAUAGUAGACACAAAAGUAUGCAAGAAGGCUUACGAAGGAGAACAUGACAUUGUCGAGGAUAUAAUGAUUUGCGCCGGAUAUACAGAAGGAGGAAAGGAUGCUUGUCAAGGCGACAGCGGCGGGCCAUUAAUGUGUCAGAGAUGUGACAGCUGCGACUGGUUCUUGGCUGGAGUUACAUCUUUCGGAUCAGGAUGCGGUGACGCUGGCUACUAUGGAGUGUACACAAAAGUCGAAUAUUUUGAACAAUGGAUCGCGAGUAAAAUUAAGUCUGUUACAAUCGAGAAGAAAACUUGUGCUCCUAUAGCCUGGACAGAAUGGGGUGACUGGGGACGGUGUACUAAGAAAUGCGGUGGUGGUACACAGAAUAGAAUAAGACUUUGCAAUGGCGAAAUUGGAAAACCAGGCUGCAUUGGAGACGAAAUUCAGAGUAAACCGUGCAACGAAAACCCAUGUGACAAAGAUUCUUGGAGCCGUUGGGGUCAAUGCUCCAAAUCCUGCGGAUCAGGCGAGCAAAGUAGAACAAGAAUUUGCGUAACUGCCUCAUGUCGAGAGACAAGACAAAAACGGGAGUGCAAUUCACAAUCAUGUCCCGUUUGGGGAAAAUGGUCAAAAUGGGGUGCAUGCAGCAAGAAAUGUGAUAUUGGUGAACAAUCUCGAACUAGGAUCUGUAUUAAUGGAGAUGUUGGUCAACUGGGAUGCAGGGGUCGCACAAUCCAAACACAAAAUUGUAAUGAAGAUCCAUGUCCGAGAUGGAGCGGUUGGUCUCCUUAUUCAAAAUGUCCUGUCACAUGCGGAGGAGGUAUGCAAAAGUCUACACGCAAAUGUAUAAAUGGAACACCUGGAAAAGACUGUAUUGGUAACGCGGAACGAGAAAGAGUGUGUGGGACAUCAGAUUGUUCUGUCUCCUUUUCUGAUUGGUCAAGAUGGACAACAUGCAGUAAGCCGUGUGGAGGUGGAACCCAGACAAGGUCGAGGUCCUGUCCGAAAGAAAAUUGCACGCCAGAUAGUUUUGGCUCAAGGACUACCCAGUCCAGGAGAUGCAACAGUGAUGGAUGUGAUGGCGAAUGGACUGCUUGGUCGCCAUGGGAUGUUUGCUCGACAACCUGUGGUCCAGGAACACGAAAAAGAAUCAGAACAUGUCACGGUGGAUCAAAAUGUCCAGGAAAUGAUUUUGAUAAUGGAGAAUGCAACCUAAGAGACUGUACUGGAGAAUGGACCAGAUGGUCUGACUGGAGUGAAUGUAGCCAAACCUGUGACACGGGACUUCGGGAACGAACCAGAACUUGUGAAAAUGGCGGUAACUGUCCAGGAAGAGCUCGAGAAACCGAGAGCUGCAUGAUUAGGUCUUGUCCGGUUUGGUCCGACUGGGAUGCUUGGUCGGAAUGCUCAGUCACAUGCGACAAAGGAGAAAGAGCCAGAACAAGAACAUGCGGACGUGGCAGCCAGGAUGAAGGGCAAUGCGAAGGAAUAAGCAGAGAAGUUGAAGAGUGCGACGAAGGCUCAUGUGUUGGACAAUGUAUUGGUGAUUGCAAAGCGUACGUGCAAGUGGCAGCUUGCAUCAAUAAUGCUGCCUACAUGGAUCAUUAUUGCCCUAAAAGUUGUUGUGGUUCAGAAUGUCAAGACACAUGGAAUGAAUGUAGAAAUUUUGAUAUUAAUAGUGUUUGUAGCGAAUCCUUUUAUGCGCUGCAGUGCCUCAGGACGUGUGGUUAUUGUUCCUCGUAAUUAACAAAUGACGCAAAAUAAGGUGUCUUGACUUUAAAUGGUUGUUCCAGCCAUGCUUUUUGGUUAUAAAAUGUUAUUUAUGCUUUUUCAUUCAUAGAAUCAUGAUUAACCCACAUUAUUUACAAUGUGGAUUCAUUCUUAUGUCGAUAAUUUCUCGCGCAUGAGGUAUUAUCGCUCGGCGUUGGACGUAAAUGGACGAAUAUUUGCCGAACAAAAUAAGUAUUUUUAAUUUUGCCAUCGAACGAAAAUUGAAAGUUUUGUAUGACAAAAUCGAGUAUUAAAAUAUUUUUUUCAUGUUUGUCAUUUUGAUUUGAAAUAUACCCAACGUUUUAUUGGUGUAUAUCAUGCUUUGAUUCAAUAGAUUUGAAUGUUCACAAAUUGAUAGAAGAUUUUGUAUUUAUCAUUUCUAGAUAUAUAUAUAUAUAUAAUUUGGACUGUGAGGAAUAUCAACAUAGGUGAGACCGUUAGAAUAUUUAAACAAAAUUCUCGAAUUGUUGGAUUUGGUAUGCCGCAAGAGUUUUGCAUUUCAACAAAUAUUUUGGUUAUAUUUGAACGUUUCUUUUCACAUCUGUUUGAGAAAAGACGACAUGUCUAUGUAGUUAGCUUAAUUUUUUAUUCACAAAAUGAUGACAUAUGGUUAAUAAUAUGGAUAACUGUUUCAUCUGUUCGGUGUUGACUUAUUUACGCUGCGACACAAUCGCAAUUGUCUGCAAAACAAAAUAGUAAAACUCAACUUUGUAAAUUCUAUUGUAAAUUUCUUUCGAAACAAGAAAGCAGGUAAUAUAUUAAA